UGUCCGAAUUCACAUGGACAAACAGGCUGUUUCAUUGUUCAGCAUCAAAUACCCGAUGAACUUGCGUAUUCAGUUCUUCACCCCUUGCACCGCCGAGCGCCGACGUUUGACUCCAAGCUCAAUUCGGUUUUCUUCUUCCCUGUCCGGCUUCCAAAACAAAACCCUAAACAGCUAAACCACUCAUUUCCCGCAGUUCCUCGCCGGCGACGCUGAGCUUAAGCUUCUUGUCAUCUGCACAAAGCCCUAGACUCUCCCGCCGAUUUCUAUGGCCGUUGCCAUUAUCCUCCCUCUCCUCCUCUUCCUCCAUCUUACAUCUUCCCUCGCCGAAACGCUCACAGACCCACUUGAUCGCCAAGAGGACCAGCUGCGCCGGCUCGAAGUUUUGAUCGAAUCUCUUUCCAAGACCGUGUCCGUCCUCGAAUCCUCCGUCUCCUCCUUAUCUUCUUCGCCGCGGUUCGUUCAUCCCACUUCACCGCCCUCUCUUUCAGAACCUAGUGUGGUCGGAACGGUGGCCAAACCCAAGUCGGCCUGGUCGGAGCGGUUUCAGUUCCUGGCGGCUGCGCGGCUUGGAUCGGAAGCGACGUGUGCCGCCGUUCUUCCUUACCAGGAACUCGAUGGUGUCAGCAAGUACGUCGCCGUCGGCGAUAACGGCGGCCACGUACACGUCUUCACGUCCGCCGGCGAUGUCUUAAUCAAACUCCCCUCGCACUCCGUCUCUCUUGUCACCUCCAUUCUCUCUUACCUCUCUUUCCGCCGCAACGAGAGUAUCAUUUUGACUGGUCACGCUGACGGCUCCAUUGCAGCCCACCGCCUUUCGGAAACGGUAUCGAACGGCGAUGAUUGGGUCACCCUAUCGCUUUCCAGUUCUCGGCCUUUCGCUCUCGGGUCACGGGACCUAGACUCGCCGCCGGUGCUCGCUCUUGAGGUCCACCAGGUCGGAAGAAUUCGUUACGUGCUCGCUGCUGAUGGUGGUGGCAGGAUCAGAGUGUUCACGGAGAGUGGGACCCUGUAUGGAACGGCCAUUGCUUCGAGCCGCCCACUUGCUUUCAUGCGGCAGAAGCUUCUCUUCUUAACGGAGACUGGCGCCGGGUCGCUUGACCUCCGGUCAAUGUCCGUGAAGGAGAUUGAGUGUGAUGGAUUGAAUGGAUCUCUUGCAAAAAGCUAUUCUUUUGAUGGGUUUGAGAGGUCGAAGGCGUACGGGUUCACCUCCACGGGUGAUUUAAUCCAUGUAGUUCUUCUUGGGGAUGCUACCAAUCUAAAGUGCAGGGUUCGAGCAAUUAGGAAAGCUGAGAUCGAUGGCCCGGUAUCAAUUCAGACUAUAAAAGGUUACCUACUUGCUGUUAAUCAGGAGAAGGUGCUUGUUUACAACGUUUCGUCUCAGUAUUAUGGUAGGGUAGGAGCACCUCGGCCACUGUUCUCGGCUGGUAUUCAGGAAAUCAAAUCUCUGUUCUCAAAUUCUGAUCUUUCAACGGAUGGAUUUGUUCCCGAGAAGCCUUUGAUUGCCACUGACCGUGACAGGUUGGUGAUUUUGGGGCUCCAGGGAGGAUAUAUUGGGAUAUACCGCUCAAAUUUUCCGGUGUUCAAGGCUGAGAGCAAUGCAGUGGUGUGGAGUGCUCCUGUCUUCCUUUUCAUAUUGUUUCUAAUUGGAUCAUGGCAGUUUUACGUGAAGAAGAAGGAUUCCUUGGGUUGGGCAGGAGAGGAAACAUUUGACAAUGCAACUGGCACAGCUACGGUGAGCAUUUUGGGUCCAGGGUCGAGUGAGAGAACUUUUGGUGAUGGCUCGAGAGCCACAGACUUAAGGGAACGGAGAGGCAGUGGACUAAGAGGUCCAGCUCGCAGGUAUGCUUCUCCUCAACGUUACACUGCAGGGGCUGGGGUUUCAUUUAGGCCUGGUUCUGCGGAUCCUGGUUUUAGAGGGCCUACAGAUUUGAAUUAUAGGGGCCAGAAUACAGAAGCUCCUGGUUUUCCCAAAAGGAGAGAACCGUUGUUUCAAAACACCCAAGUUGUGGGUGAAAACAUUGAUUGAGUUUUUGCAAGCUUUAGGGCUACUAGUUUAAAGCUCCAGCGGCACAACUGAAUCGAAUCCAUGAAAUUCUGAUGCAUUUUAUUAUGGCUUCAAGGCUUCAAGUUGUAAGAGAAUGUCAGGCUUUUACACGAAUAUGGAAGCGUGUAAGUUUGUAGUAUGUUUCAAGUGAACUUGAUUAAUGGAAUACUCUGGUAAGAGAUCUUUUUGAUAAAAAAUUUUGGCAGUUCACAAUCUUCAGGAAUUUUUACACUA